AUGGUCACAGUAGCUCUAGCAGGAGCAACAACAGGCUUCGGCCUGACUAUGCUGCGAGUAUUCCACCACCUCAACUCCGAAGGCAUCAAGCCAUACAAACUCGUCCUUCUUUCCCGCUCAGCCCAACCAGAAUGGAGUGCCAAAGGCAUCGAUGUUCGUCCCAUAGACUACGCCAACCACUCUCAGCUCACUACAGCCCUUGGAGACGUCCACACCGUACUUUCCGUCAUCGGUGGUGAUGCCGAAGCCAUCCGCAACUCUCAACUUGCUCUCCUCGCGGCAGCCAAAGAAGCAGGCGUGAAACGCUUUGCUCCAUCCGAGUACGCUGGGACCUCGAAUGAGGGUAUCGACCUAUACGCAGGCAAAGCCGAAGUCUGGUCCGCCUGCCAAGCUGUCGCUAGCAAGACAGGAAUGGAAGUAACAUCUUUCCAGUGCGGGCUUUUCAUGUCGAUCUUCGCAACCGGCACGCCCAAACCACCCACGCCCAUCGGCCUGCGCGAAGGCGCCAAAACAGGUGAAGAAGAAGCCCUAGCCGGCCUCCGGCCUUGGAGUUUUGUCCUAAACAUGAAAGCCGGGACGGCAGAUCUACCAGGUCACGGCACAGCUCCGAUCGUAUUGACGGAUAUGCGAGAUAUCGCCACAUUCGUGUAUCAUGCGCUUUCGCUACCUAUCUGGCCUGAAGUGCUGGGGAUGCGAGGCGACGUCAAGUCGUUCCGGGAAAUGAUAGCCAUAGCAGAGCGAGUCCAGAGCAGGAAGAUUCUGGUGCAAGAGAACACAGUGGCGAAGAUGCGUGCGCAGGCUGAAGAAGACCCGGGCAAGGUGUUUUACAACCAGGUCCGCAUCGCGCUAACGGAGAAGUGGGCAAUGGUGCCUGACACUCUCAACCAAGGGUUUCCGGAGCUAAAGCCGACCACUUGUGAAGAGUUUGUGGAGAAAUGGUGGCGGGGCGUAGAAAUAGGAGAGCCGUCGUGGGGCGAGGACAAGAGCUUCAUGUAG